UCAUUGAAACGAAAUACCACUACUGCACCAACAGAGAGAAGCAAAGAAGAAUACACAAUUUAAGAGAAAAGAAAACGGAAACGCUUCGCGCGCACUUGGGUUUUACUGGGGUUUUGCACGAAGGUAUAGAGAGAAAGGAGAGAGUCACCAUUGAUGCAGAGGAAAAGCUCUGAGUUUCUGUUUAAAAACCCUAAAUGAAGCGUUUCUUCCAGCCUAUACAGAAGGAUGGCUCGUCCAAGAAGCCUUCUCUCUCUUCGCCGGAAAAGAUGUAUUCCUGCAGUCAAUCGCCAGAGAAAACAAACUCCGGUAACUCCAUACCGGAAAACGCAGAGCCCCUCAAAUUUGUGACAUGGAAUGCGAAUAGUUUUCUACUUCGCGUUAAGAACAACUGGCCUGAGUUCACAGAGUUUGUUAGGCGCAUUGAUCCUGAUAUAAUUGCCAUUCAGGAGGUAAGAAUGCCUGCAGCUGGGUCUAAAGGGGCACCCAAGAAUCCGGGAGAGCUGAAAGAUGAUACAAGUUCUUCACGUGAAGAAAAACAGGUGUUGCUUCGUGCUAUCUCCAGUCCUCCUUUUGGAAAUUUUCGUGUGUGGUGGUCUCUUGCUGAUACCAAGUAUGGUGGAACUGCUUUAUUUAUAAAAAAGCAAUUUCAACCAAACAAAGUGUCAUUUUCUCUUGAACGUUCAGGUUCAAAGCAUGAACCAGAUGGCCGUGUUAUAUUGGUUGAGUUUGACUCUUUUUGCUUUCUGAAUACAUACGUUCCGAACAAUGGCUGGAAAGAUGAUGAUUCCUCUUUCAAACGCAGACGUAAAUGGGAUAAAAGAAUGCUUGAGUUUGGUUGUCAGUCUUCAGAAAAGCCAUUGAUUUGGUGUGGGGAUCUAAAUGUGAGCCAUCAAGACAUCGAUGUGAGCCAUCCAGAAUAUUUCAGCAAUGCCAAGCUCAAUGGUUAUGUACCGCCAAAUAAAGAGGAUUGCGGACAGCCUGGAUUUACCAUUGCUGAAAGGCAACGGUUCUCUACUAUACUGUCGGAGGGAAAACUGCUCGAUGCUUACAGGUUCCUUCACAAAGAACAAGAUCUUGAGGGGGGUUUCUCUUGGUCAGGGAACCCCAUUGGCAAAUACAGGGGGAAGAGGAUGAGGAUAGACUACUUUCUAGUCUCUGAGAAACUCAAAGACAGGCUUGUUGCAUGUGAAAUUCAUGGGAAAGGGAUUGAAAUGGAAGGGUUCUACGGUAGCGAUCACUGCCCAGUUUCACUCGAGUUGUCCCCUGUCAAUGAGGCCAAUGGGUUUAAAGCCACAGAAUGUGGACCCACUGAGAAUUAAAUAUGUGCACACAUAGACAAGUUCUGAGGAUUGUAGCAUCUGAAACCAAUAGAGAAGAAUAUGCCGAGACGGACUUGUGCCAUAAUGGAUGGAAAGGAUAAGGUGAUUACUCUCUCUC